AUGGGUAAACAUAUUGAACAACGACAUGACAGCCUUCCUGACAAGCAAGAAGAGAUUCAGGUUCUUCAAACCAAUGAAGAUACGCAAUCGUGCAGGUCAAGGAAAUCAUCUAGUAAAAGCAACUGUUUCGUAAGACAACAACUCAAGAUUGACGCCGAGAUAAAGAAGCGGAAACUGGCGCAAGAGAUUGUGGAUUUAGAAUUGGCGAUGCAGGUCUCCAAGUUAGAACAAGAAGAGGUCGACGGGAAUUCUGAAUCAGUAGACAGUGGGUCAGAAAGUAAUAGGUCAUUUGUACAAAAAUGGAUAAAUAGUCGUAGAGAUGCUUCACCUGCAAAGGAUUUGUCAUCUGAGAUUAUUCCUAUUACAAUUAAUACAAAUGGAAAUUAUGUACAUACUCAUGCUUUACUGGAUGAUGCAUCCACAGUUACACUCAUAGAUCAAGACUUAGCUGAUGAACUUCAUAUGGAUGGACCUCAACGUACACUCACCAUUCAGUGGACAAAUAAUCAAGUUCGUCAACAAGACGAUUCAAGAAUAGUAAGUUUCAGUAUCAUCGGACAACAAAAGAAUAAGAAAUAUCAAUUGCGUCGUGUAUGGACUAUGAAAGAAAUGUCCCUACCUACUCAAUCCAUUAAUAGUUCAGAAAUGAUGGAAAGAUUUACUUACUUAGGUAAUGGGGUUUUGUCUAUGACAAAUGCAAAACCUAAGGUGCUAAUCGGACAGGACAAUUGGCCCCUACUAGUUAACAAAAGGAUUAUUUCUGGACCUUGGAAUGGCCCUGCCUUAAGCAAGACACUGCUGGGAUGGGUACUUCAUGGAAAUGUAAGCCAGACUGCUAACACAUUUUCAAACAAGCAUACCACUAGUCACGUAUGUCACAUGAGUAGUGAAGAUAAGGACGACUUGGAUGUUUUACAUGACUUAGUUAAACAACAAUGGCAAAUAGACUCGUCUGGAGUAUAUAAGCUUGAAAAAGCAAUGUCCAAAGAAGACAUGGUCGCUCAGUCUAUAAUGGAUAGAACCAUGACAAGAUCAGGAGGAAGAAUUGAAACCGGACUCCUCUGGAAAGAUGAAAAUGUAGUACUUCCCGAAAGCAAGAAAAAUGCGAUGAGAAGACUUAUUUGCACUGAAAGAAAAAUGGACAAAAAUGAAGAGUAUGGCAGAAGAUAUUGUCAGAAAUUCGAUGAACUGGUGCAAAAGAAGUAUAUACGAAAAUUGAACAACAGCGAGGUAUGUGGAGAUCAAUUCAAAGUCUGGUAUUUACCUCAUUUUGGUAUAAUUAAUCCAAAUAAGCCUGAUACAUUACGCAUUGUUUUCGAUGCUUCUGCCAAGAGUAAUAGUGUCAGUUUGAACGAUUUUUUAUUGACAGGUCCGGACAAAUAUAACUCUCUCUUUAAUAUACUAAUUAACUUCAGGAUCUGCAGAUAUGCGUUCACAGCUGACAUUAAAGAGAUGUUUUUACAAGUUCGCGUUAAGAAAGACGACUGUAGUGCACAACGCGUCCUUUUCAGAGAGAUGGAUAGAACGAGAGAACCUGACGUUUAUGAAAUCGAAGUUGUUUUCUUUGGAUCGACUUGUGGUCCUUGCUUAGCUCAGGAAGCUAAGAAUAAGAAUGCACAAGAGUUUAAACUGACUCAUCCAGAUGCUGUUCCCGACAUUAUAGAGAAGCAUUACAUGGAUGACUAUUUGGGUGGAGCAGACACAAUUGAAGCAGCCCAUAAAUUAAUUGCAGAUGUGAUUUAUAUACACAGUAAGGCAGGUUUUCAGAUUUGCAAUUGGAUUGCGAAUGAUAUCAAAAUUAUUGACCAUAUUGAUUCCAAAUUAGUGGCCGAUGGAAUGAAAACUUUGAGAAAUGAAAACGAUAAGAAUAUCGAAAGAGUACUUGGCAUAUUUUGGAACCCAAUUAAUGAUACUUUCGAGUUCAAAACCAAAUUCCACAAAAUUGAAAAGGAUUUGUUGGAAAAUAUAAGAAGACCGACGAAAAGGGAGAUUUUGAAAAUUGUAAUGUCAGUUUUUGAUCCACUGGGAUUUAUUACAAAGACAAACAUAUUGAUUCAAGGUAAGAUGCUGAUACAGGAUGUUUGGAGGAGCCAGUUAGGUUGGGACGACGAAAUUACAGAUAACUUGGCGAAUAAAUGGAACAUAUGGAUUGAGGAAUUGAAGAAAAUGUAUAAUUUCAAGAUACCACGACAAUAUUUCACAUUCGAUAGGAGUUCAAGUCAUUUGCAGCUGCACAUAUUCUGCGAUGCUUCAGAAAGAUGCUAUGCUUCAGUAGCUUAUCUGAGAAUACAAUAUGGAAAUGAAGUACAGGUCAGUUUCGUAAAUGCCAAAGCAAGAGUGUCUCCUUUAAAACCUAUGUCAAUACCAAGGUUGGAACUUCAAGGGGCAUUAAUGGGUGCACGCUUAGGUAACUAUCUAAUGAAGAAUUUAAACUUGAAUAUUUCAUCCACGACAUAUUGGACUGAUUCAAAAACAGUUCUCCAUUGGAUUCGAUCGGAAGCUGGACGUUUUAAAGUAUUUGUAGCCCAAAGACUAGGUGAAAUUCAAGAAUUAACAUGUGUAACUGACUGGAAAUAUGUUAGAUCUUCAGACAACGUUGCGGACGAAGCGACGAAAUAUGUUAUCAACUCCUCAGUAUCAGCAGAUUCUAGGUGGAUAUGUGGGCCAAAGUUUCUACUAUUGAAUUCCCAGGAAUGGCCAAGAGAAAUCGAACAUGAUUUGAAAAUUGAUUCAGACAAUUUAGAAAUGAAAAGACUGGAGUAUACUUGCAUCAACUUUUCAGCACAAGAUUUGAUCCCUGAUAUUCCUAAUCCUGAAAGAUUUUCAAAAUGGACGAGACUUCUUAGAGCUACAGCCUACAUAAUCCGAGUAAGAAACAUACUACGAGCAAAAGUUUUCAUCCGGAACGAAAUUACCGUUGAAGAGUUGUAUGAAGCUGAAAUUAUUCUUUAUCGAAAGGUACAGAUGGAAUCUUUUCUAGAAGAAUACAAGAUGUUACAACAAGGUCAAAUAAUCAAGAAAACGAGUCGCCUCUUUUCAUUGUCUUGUACGUUCAGAGAAGAGGACAAGUUGAUGAGGCUAGAUGGACGAUUGAAUAAUUCUUCAUCUUUGAAUUUCGAUACGAAACAUCCGAUAAUAUUAGACCCGAAACAUAGAAUAACUAAACUGAUAAUUCAACAUUAUCAUGAAAAUGCAUAUCAUUUUGGACAAGAAAUAGUACUCAACAAAUUACGAUGUAAAUUUUGGAUUUUACGUAUGAGACAAGCAGUGAAAAAUGUUUUCCAUAAUUGUCAGCACUGUAGCAAUAGGCGAGCCAAUCCCAUGAUACCAAUUAUGGGACAAUUACCGUUAUGCAGAAUAGAACCAACAAUCAGACCAUUCAUAAAAUGUGGAGUGGAUUAUUUUGGACCCUUUGAAGUUGCAGUGAAGAGAAGCAGAGAGAAAAGGUAUGGAGUUAUUUUCACUUGUUUAGUAACCAGGGCAGUUUACUUAGAAAUUGCUCAUGACCUCACGACUAAUGCUUUUAUAAAUGUACUCCGGCAAUUUGGUUGUAGACGUGGGUUUCCUCACGAAAUCCAUAGUGACAAUGGAUUGAACUUUAGAGGGGCUGAAAGGGAAAUUUCGCAACAUCUUGACAAUUUACAACAAAAUGAAAUAAUAGAAUUUUGUUCUUUGCGAGGAAUUAAAUGGCAUUUUAAUCCUCCACAUGCACCACAUAUGGGCGGCAUAUGGGAGCGGCAAAUUCAAAGCAUAAAGAAGAUAUUAAAGGAAAUUCUGAAUACUAGGUAUCCUCAAGAACAUAUACUCAGAACCUUCCUCAUAGAGUGCGAAAAUAUAUUGAAUUCCAGACCUCUGACACACGUUUCUUCCGAUUCUCAUGACUCUGAACCUCUAACACCAAAUCACUUCCUGAUCGGACCAGAUUUUGUAGCACAACCUUGGACUGUGACUACUGACAAUCGAGAUCUUAAUCUUAUGAACAGUUGGAGGUCAGCUCAGCGUUUGGCAGACUUCUUUUGGAAGCGAUGGCUUGAUGACUAUUUACCAACAAUUAUUAAACGGUCCAAAUGGUAUCAAGAACAGAAGAAUAUCAAAGUUGAUGACAUUGUUAUAAUUGUUGAUCCAAAUGGAACAAGAAAUGAUUGGCGAAAAGCAAGAGUAGUUAAAACGUAUCCUGCCAGAGAUGGUAGAAUUCGUAUAGUUGACGUCAAGGAUGGGAAUGGAAAAGUAUACCGAAGAGCACUGUCCAAACUCAUUGUACUUGACCUGCAGUAG